CGCCUUUGAGCGACCGAGCCUCCAAACCUGGGCAGAAACAUGCUCUCGCAGCAAGCUGUCUCUGUCUAUACUACUGUAGCCAGUGUGUUACGGGAGCACGUGGGAGGCGGCAAUUGCAGAGUGGGCUGCCGACCCCUUCUCGUCACUCUAGUAGUAAUGCUCGAGGAUAUUGCCCAGGUAGGCUACUUGGUGACUACCAUAUCUGCCCUCGUGGCCGAGAGCAUCCCUUCCGACUUGCCACUUCAAGUUCGUGGAUGGCAGCCUGCGGACGUAAUCUCAACCAUCACCGCGUAGCUAAACGUGGCCGUAAGGCAAGGGUAGUCUGCUGGAAACAGAAAGCGAGCGCUGAUACUAAACUACCGUGACUUCCAGCGAAUUUACAUGUAUAUAGCAAAAGCGAGCGAUUGAGUGCAGCUCAGUGCAACAGGGUACGGUCUAUAGAAAGGGUACGAAGCAGACUCAAUAGCAAUGACAGAAC